CUGUGAAACCGGGGCCGCAGCCGCAGGAUGUGAAGAUCCAUUAUCUAGGGCUAGGGUUUGAGCUCCGUACCGGAUCUCGUCUCCACAGAUUCAGCUUCCUCCGUGAUCCCAAAGCAGAAGCCGGGGUAGGACGGGCGAUGCUGUUCCUGAAACGGCAGUGGGUACGGCAAACGAAAGCUCAUUCGUGUCGUGAAGUCUUUCUUGGGCUUUGUCAUACCCAACCCAAAUUGGGCAUGCAAGUUUGUAUUUAGGCCCGGCCCAAGGAAAGUCUUUCUUGGACCUAUACAAGCCGAACUCCAUUCUAUCUCUUCCUCUGCUAAACUUAGGCCUUGUUCUCUUUGGGACCUUUAGGAAUUGAUUCCCAACUCUCUCCCAUCUUCUCCGCUCCUUCCCUCGUUCCAACUUCCCAAUUGGAUACCACCUCUUUGUUCUUCCUUCUCCAUUGUUCUGUUUCCUCACUCCCGUGCGUCGAAUUCAUGUGGGCGCCGUGGGGAAACCGACUCCCACGCGGCGGAGCCACCACCACCGCCACCUCCUCUUUGCCACCGCCUCAGCUUCCGCCGCCCACUUCGUCCAUCAUCCGCUCAUCCUCCUCCCUCAAGGACCUCCUCUCUCUCCUCGACGAGUACGAUGCCCACGACGCAUCCGCAUCCCCGUCCCGUGGUCCGCGGCCCCCACCACCGCCGCCGCCUCCGCCGGUGAUCCACCACGUUCGGUCAGCCUCCUCCGCCCUUCGCUUGUGGUGCUCCCCGCCGGAGGACCCCUUCGGCCUCCCACCGGGUGAGAAAAAGCGGGUCGUCCUCUACUUCACCUCCCUCCGCGCUGUCCGCCACACCUUCGAGGAUUGCGCCGCCGUCCGGGCGAUCCUAUGCGGCCUACGCGUCGCCGUCGACGAGCGCGACGUCUCCAUGGACGCCGGGUUCCUGCGGGAGCUGAAGGGCGUUCUCGGCGUCCGCCGGUGGCACCUCGGGCUUCCGCAGCUGUUCAUCGGGGGGCGGCACGUCGGCGGGGCCGACGACGUACGGCGUCUCCACGAGGCCGGGGAGCUGAGGCGGUACGUGGAAGGGGCAGCGCAGGCGACUGGAAGGGCGUGCGAGUGGUGCGGCGACGUCCGCUUCGUGCUCUGCAGGAGCUGCAGCGGGUCCCGACGGUGCUACCAUGACAAGGGCGGUGCGGGCGGGGGAUUCCGGACGUGCACCGCCUGCAACGAGAACGGGCUCGUCCGGUGCCGGCGGUGCUGCGACCCUGACGCCGUCUGAUCGCGAUGGGACGGUCGACAAGGGCGUGUUUUCUUCGACCUCGUACGAUUGUUUUCACGGGAGGAAGCGAGAGAGUUAAUAAUACGACCAUAAAAAUUCUCCAACUUCCCCUUUUUUUUUUAAUUGAAAUUCCUCUUUUUUCUCUUUUAUUUUUAAUUAAUAUAAAAAGAAAGCUGAGAGGAAUGGGGGGGAACGUUCUAUUUUUAUUUUACUGUUGUUGUUUUGGUGGAUUCUGAAAGUGAUGAUACGUGCAGAAGAGGAAGAGGGGAUAGUGUGGCAUCCUACCAAUAUCAUGCUUAUUCCAUCAAACGAUCCUCGUUCCUCAAAAUUAAAGGAGCCAAUUAAUAUCA